UGACCAGUCCAUAUCAUCAUAGUUCAUGGUGUUUUCACUCGAUAACCACUCGAGACUAGAGUGCCCAUCGGCCAUCACUACAGUCUAGUAUUCUGUAGUCGCCAUUCAGUAUUUCAGUAUUAGUAGUAUUACACCAAGUACACCGUUUACAUCACGAGUUACAACAAUACAACUGUUGUCUGUCGACUUAGUAGUCACUAAUAUUAGUAACUUAGUAUCUACUAUCUACUAAUUAUACAGUCAUUACACUACCUUAAAAGUCCUACUGGCCGCCUCCAGUUCCACGAGCAAUUUAAUAAUUAUAACCUUAUAGGCACAGCGAAGACAAGUUUUAAAUACCUAAAUCUAUUAUUGAAUUAUACCAGAAUUACGAGUGGAAUCGAUUUGGACACCAUCACAUUCACACAUUAUUAAACUGUAUUAAUUGGUAUUUAUUGGAAUAAUUUUAUAUGGAUCAUUAAGUUAAGUUAGUUCAUAAAUUUUAUGAACUUCAAUUUAACAUUCACACAAUAAAUAUCCAUAAAUUAUCAACUAUUUUUCACUCAGUUUAAAAAGUACUAUGUCUGUGGAAGAGGAGAUAGACCCUGUACUAAAUCCUAUUCUAAAAUACUCUAAAUGUGAACCUGAAAGUUAUAAAAACAAUCUUCACAAAGACAGAGUGUUUGAAGUACUUCAAUCUUCCCGCAAUGAAAAUGACAGUUUUUGUGAUAUUAAAUUUCAAACAGACGAUGGUACUAUAAUAUAUGGACACAGAAAUAUAUUGGCAUCAGCUACCCCUUAUUUCAGAGCUAUGUUUUCUAGUUUUGGUGAAAGCAAUAAAGAUCUUGUUAAUAUAAAAAAGUUAGACUCCACCAUUUUCCUUCUAUUGAUUGACUAUAUUUAUACAGGAGAAAUCAUGAUCACUCCAGAAAAUGUACAGGUUGUGUUAGCAGCUGCAGAUCUCUUACAGUUAGCCUAUGUUAAACAAGCAUGUGUUGAGUUUUUACAAAAACAUCUGGAUCCAUCAAAUUGUCUUGGUAUUAAAGUAUUUGCUGACUUACACAACUGUAUAGAACUGUUGUCAAAAUGUGAAAAAUUUAUUGAAAAUCAGUUUUUAGAGAUAGUUAAAUAUGAUGAGUUUUUAUCUUUAUCAUCCGAAGAAGUGAUUAAGUUAAUCUCCUCCAGUAACAUUGCUGUUCCAUUUGAAGAAAAAAUAUAUGAAUGUGUUCUUAAAUGGGUAAAACAUCAAUUGAAUAAGAGAAAACAUUUGUUACCCAAUCUAAUGGAACAUGUGCGUUUGCCAUUAAUUUCAAAAGAGUAUUUAUUAGAAAAUGUAGUUAAUGAACAUCUUCUAAAAAAUGAUCCUAAAUGUAAAGAUUAUGUAUUUGAAGCAUUACAUUUUAACUUAAUUAAGUUGGUAAAUCCUUCCUCUAUUCCAGAAACGAUUUGGUGUAAACCUAGACAGUCACUAAAAAUUGUUUUAGUGUUAAGUUGGUCCAGUUUAAAAGAGAAGUUUAUUACAAGCUGGUACGACCCAUUAACCAACCAAUUGCAGAUUGCAUCAGAAAUAACUAACUUCGGUUACUCAUCUACUUUGUGCAUGUGCGUUGUAAAAGAUCAAUUUGUGUUUAUUGUGGAAGGUCUAUCUCGGUGUGUUUAUAUGUUAGAUACAUCCUUACAACCAUACUGUUGGGUUCACAAAACAUAUUUGUUAAGUAGUGUACCAUUUUUAAAAGUUGUUGUAUUAAAUGAUAGUAUAUAUGCAAUAUGUUAUACCCAUAAUCGUAGUGAAAAUACUGUAGAAGUUUUUAGCUGCAAUACUCUAAAAUGGCAAAGGGUAACAAGUAUGCCUAAUAACAAACAUAAAUUUGGUGUUGGAGUGCUCAAUAACUACAUAUAUGCAGUAGGAGGUGUUAAUAGUAAUGGUAUGACUAAUAAAUCUGUUGAUUGUUAUGAUCCCAUUAAAGACUGUUGGUUCUCAAUUGCACAAAUGUCAAUUAGCCGGCAUAGUGUUGGUGUAGGAGUUUUGAACGGUUUAAUGUAUGCUGUUGGUGGAUUUGCUGAUAAUGGAUCUGUUCUUAAAAGUGUUGAAGUUUAUAGUCCCAGUGAUGGAGUUUGGACAUCGAUUGCUGAUAUGCAUUUGUGCCGACAAAACCAUGGAGUAGUAGCAUUGAAUGGUUUAUUGUAUGUUAUUGGAGGUUGUCAAUCUAAUUCUGACAAUUCUGUUGAAAUCUAUAAUCCUGAAACCAAUUCCUGGUCAAUGAAAACAGCAUUAACUAAUAAAAUUCAUCCGUUUUAUGGAACAGUGGUCGUUAAUAAACCACCAUAUUUAUAAUUAAUUAAUAAUAAGCAUACACAUGUUAUUUUUAACUAUAUUUGUAUUUUUUAUGAUAAUAUAUAAAAUACCUAGUGUUUUAAGUUUCCAUAUAUUUAAGAUUUUAAGAUUUCGAUUGUUAACUAUUAUUAAAAUAUACUUACAACUUAUAGAAUUUAUUAAUUUAAUAAUACCAUAUGUCUAAAUA